AUGGAUCUCCAGUCCUCGCAGCCGGGCAAAUCCUACCAGAGACGCUCCAUUGACCCCUCGAGUCGCCUGAACGGCAAGCAGAUGGCUUCUGAGCUGUCCUCGCAAUUCGCGCGGCCCAACCCCCGUCUACACGCGCUGAACGAUGGAGUACAUAUACCUGCUGAAUACCGACACAUAGCCAACGGGCAAGGCUCCUCGGCCAAUCACCACGAUGGUGCGCAACGAAGCUCGAGCGCGGCAGGAUCUCCCUUCGUCAACCCAACAUCCGCGCUCCUACAGAAUCUAAUCAACGAGCAACGCGCCUCUCGUGGCCCGCGAGCCAGCUCAGCCUGCGAACACCACGUCGAGAGCAGCCCUCUAGCGUCGAACCAGACCCCAAACCCGACAGCAAACACGAAUGCCCACGGGAAAUGGGCAUCAGGGAAAUGGACCAGGCAAUACGUAUCCAAGCUGAACAAGCUCAAUUUCGACUUGAAGCUGGAGGUAUUCCACCGCGCACAGCAGGUAGCUUCAUUGGAGAAGAAACUGGAAAGGAUGCAAGAACUCGAGGAACAGGUUCAACAGAUGGAUAUGAUGGACCAGGAACUACAGGAACUUCGAGGAGCAGAGGAGGAUAACCAACGCCUCAGGGAGUCCAACGAAGAGCUACGAUCGGAGCUAGACAAGCGAGACCAAGCUGUAAAUGAAGCAGUCGAACUAAUCUGCCAACUGGAAGCGAAGCUGGAAGCCUUCGAGGCGAAAAAGGAAGAUGAAAGGCCGUCAACCGCCAGACCAUAUUCAAGCGAUGGCAAUGCUGGUUUCGCAACAAGUUCCCCACAGGCCCUCACGCCCAAGAAUAAGAUAAUUCUAGAUGUUCCCGAACGAACGUCUUCGCGAAGAGGCAUGCGUCCGUCUAAAUCACGGAGUUUCACUGCUCAGGCCCACACUCCAACCUCGUCUUCUCGCAGGCCAUGCCGCCAGCCUUCGUUCCUCCAGGCCGAGGAUAACAAUACUAGCGUCUUGCGCAAUGUAUACAUGACCGAUGCCGAUAAGUCUCGGGCCGCAUUUAGCGCCUUUUCCGGGCGCGGGACCGUUUUAUCAGACGAUGGCACGCACGAGAUAGAGUCUCCAAGACUAAGCGCCUUGAGCGAGUGCAGCUAUCUAGAUCCACCUCACAGUCCUUCAGACGCCUACGGGCCGGGUGUAUCGAAACUGAAGAUAAAUACCAAUCACCCUGCAAAGCAAGUGUUGGAUGAGCCUCCAUCUCCGCUAGAACUCACGCACAACGGAUCUAAACCUCCUGCCAGCCUCUUGCGCAUCGAACAAUGGAUACACCCCAAUAACACAGAAGCACCCCGCCCAACGAAGCCUAGCGAGAGACAUCAAGCAGAUGCACUUCUCAGGACGCCAACGAACAACCAGUUUGUGUUGCCUGGGGCAUCGUUUCAGAACAAACGCUCUCCAAAGACAUAUAACUUUGAUCCGCCCGCUCUGGUCAUACCCCAGUUUACGACAGCCCGCCUACCUCCUACUCCCGAUACGAUGAGCACAUCAUACGCCGAUCUGCGCAACAAAUCCAACACAAGCAUCAUUGCUGAACGAAGUAGAUAUGAUAGGCCAACGAAUACUCGCCGCUCCCUCUCUAUAGACCGGGUAUUGGGACGGCGUCGAUCGGCCGACGAUGUCGCGACUACACGACCUAGUACGGCGGAAACCAUUCUUUCUGACGGCCUGGAAACUUGGAGCGAUUCAACUCAACCAGCCUUUAUCACGGAAGAGAGCUACCAGAUGGCUAGCAUGUUUCCAUCGUUUGCUUAUACCCACCGCCCAACCGGCAGGCAUUUCGAUCCUGCUGCUCAUGCCGGCGCUGUUAAUGGGCUAGGUGUCAUCACCCCAAAGCAUAAUAACCGUCAUUUCUCUGAAAAGCAUUCCUCCGGCCAGGUUCGAAAGGUUUCAAACACACUCUCCCUCACACCUGAAGAUUGGCUGGAAGCUGCAUUGCCCGCUUCAUCGAAUGGUCCAUCUAGCAAGCCUUCGAGGGGAGCCAAAGAUACCAAAGCAGACCAACAUGAAGCAUUAGAUCCCGCAGACGAAGACCCGGGUUCACCUCAGUUGGGUGCACAGCAAGUGCCGCUGAACCAUGGCUUCCGGACUCGCGGCGCGCGCGUCCUAUCUGAGCUCCAACCCCGUAAACGUAUCAACCUUCGUCCACCAUUCUUCAAUCGCAACCCAACUUACUCCCCCACCAACCCUGUUCGAAGUAACUCCAUAGCAGUACCUACGCCGUCAUCUGCCGGACACCCACCAGCCGUAUCUGGCACCCUACCAAACGAGCAUAUCACGUCUCCCAACAGCGGCACAGUCCGCAGACCAAAAACGUCAGAAACAAACGAACACAAACGACGCAGUUCCCAUGGAUUUUUCGGCUGGAUGAAAGGUUCCGGCGCCAUGAAAGAUGCUGAUCCAACACAAACACCACCUGCUACAGCCACGUCUACGUCUACGUCGACAUACAACCAACACCAUACAGAGCAGCAACCACAUACACAGGCGCAAAGGAUGGCAGCCCGAGGCGUCGGCCGGCCCGGCUCCGCACUCGCAUACACCACGGAACUAUCAAGUUCUCCUACAGACGUGAAUCCAAUGUCUGCCGCCCUUGCUGAUGAGACUUCCGAUCGCCGAUCGCGGUUCUCUGUCCGACGGACGCGCAGGUGA